UAGGCUGCGGAACAGUUGUGAAGUGUCAUAGUGUCAGCAAUGCAGAGAUGUGACAAUACCGAGAUUACAAUUAUUUUAACUGACUAAUUCAAUCAAAUAUUCAAAAAAAUUAUAAUAGUGGUUUUAAAUAAAUCAAUAAAAGUAUAUUUUUAUACAUUCAUAAAUUGAAAUUUUUGUUAACGAGGAAUUGGGAAGUGCUGAAGGUAACAAAGUUUGAAUGUGAUCAAGAAGUUGCUGACGAUACUAAAAACUGAAAAAUAAAAAGAGUAGCUCAUAAAACCACGUGAGCUAUUGAAAUUUAAUUUAUAUUUUAACAAAAUGGGAGAAAGUACAAACAUUCUCAAUGAUUCCUAUCAAGUUGGAAACCGAAUUGAUUGUGAUGGACACCGUGGAACAAUUCGUUAUAUUGGCCCAGUUAUUGAUACCAAUGGUAUGUGGUUAGGAAUUGAUUGGGAUGAGUCGGAUCGAGGAAAACACAAUGGUACUUAUCACGGCAUUGAAUAUUUCAAAACACGAUAUCCUACAUCAGGAUCAUUUGUUCGUCCAGGAAAAGUUAAAACUGGAGUCUCUUGUCCAGAAUCUAUUAAGAAUCGUUAUGGCUUAAUUGACGACGAAUUAGCUGGAGUAGAACCAGAAAAUGUCACCAGUUUAAAGAAAGAAAUCAAUGCUCCUUUCUUAGAGAUGGUUGGGUUUUCUAAAGUUAAUAAAAAACAAAGUACAUUUAAUAAACUUAAAAUAGUUUGGUUACGUGAUCAGUUAGUAAGUUGUGCCGGUGCUCCUGGAGAGUUAGAAGAGCUCUGUCCGAAUGUAGAACAACUCGAUAUUUCGAGGAAUUUAAUAAACUCAUGGCGAACGGUUGGUGAUAUUUGUUGGCAGCUAAAACAUCUCGAACAUCUUGAUGUAAGUGAGAAUAUAUUGCCUACUCCGGAAGACGGUAAAAAUUUGAAAAACGCUUUCACAAAAGUUAAUCAAUUAACAAUGGCGCGAAUGAAUUAUACUUGGGACGAUGUAGAAUGGUGUACAUCAUUGUUCCCAUCACUUAAAAUCCUUCAUGUGCCAUUUAACAAUAUUUGCAUCUUGAAAGAACCAGAAACAGAUGCAAGCCUUAAACAACUUGUUGUUUUAUCAUUAGAAGGAAAUGGUAUUAAUGAUUGGACAGAAAUUUUAAAAUUAGGAAAACUUGAAAGCUUGGAAAAUCUCAAUUUGAACUCAAAUAAUAUUGACGUAAUAAGACUGCCGAGAGAUGAUGAAAAUGGAAAGACGUCAAUGUUUCCAGCACUUCGACAAUUACAUUUAUCAAAAAAUUUAAUUAAUGAGUGGAUUUCAAUAAGUGAGUUAGAAAAAUUAAAAAAUCUCGAAGACUUAAAAUUUCGUGAUAAUCCAUUGUUAAAUGAUGUAGAAAAAGGAACUGCUAGGCAAUUAAUUAUUGCUCGAAUCUCAAACUUAAAGUUAUUAAACAGCACAGAAAUUACAAGAGAUGAAAGAAAUGGAGCAGAGUAUGAUUAUUUAAAAUUAUGCUUUAAAGAAUGGCAACAAAUAAAUUCAGAGUCUUCAGAAAAUUGUAAAAAAAUAUUUUUAGAAAAUCAUCCUCGAUAUCUUACUUUAAUUCAAUUGUGCGGAGAACCUGAGAUUACGAAUUCAAAGACAGAUUUAGAUAUGAAAUCUGAUUUGAUUACUGUUGAAUUUAUUUGUAUGAAUGAAUCUUCACAAUGUUCCAGUGUAAAAAAAAAACUUCUUAAAGAAAUGGAUGUACAAAAACUCACCGGUUUAGUUCAGCGAAUAUUUAAAACUAGAGGGAAAAUUCCAAAGUUAUCAUUUGUUGGAUUAAAUAGAUUGACAGAAGAAAUUCCUCUGGACAAGCCUUUGCAACAAUUAAGCUAUUACUCCAUUCAGAAUGGAGAUCACAUAUUGGUUCGUUGGUGACGUUGAAAAAUAGCGUAAGCUCUUUACAAUUAAAUAUUAUAAAUGUAAUUCCAUCAUUAUUUUGUAAUUAAAAAACUGAUUUUUCAUAAACCAAAA